UGACCGACGAUCCGUCCUCUUUAAAACCAAAGGCGAACUCUCGCUUUGCUAUGCGGGACCGAGAACCAUGAAAAUGCUUCGAUUCCGGAGCCCGAGCCUCUCCUCCCUCGCGCUGGAGCUCCAGUGCACCGUCCGGCUGCUCGACGACUCCGAGAUCUCCUGCAGCAUCCAGAGAGACACUAAAGGGCAGUUUCUGGUGGAUCAUGUGUGUAAUCACUACAGCCUGCUGGAGAAGGAUUACUUCGGCAUCAGAUAUGUGGACCCAGACAAACAGAGGCAUUGGUUGGACCCGAGCAAACCAGUAGUGAAACAGAUGAAAUGUCAGCAGCCGUACACCAUGUGCUUCAGGGUGAAGUUCUACCCUCAGGAGCCCAUCAAGAUCAAGGAAGAGCUGACAAGGUAUCUUCUGUAUCUUCAGUUGAAGAGAGACGUGUAUCACGGCAGGCUGUUGUGUCCGUUCGCUGAUGCUGCAUAUCUCGGAGCCUGCAUCGUCCAGGCUGAGCUGGGAGAUUAUGACCCCGAAGAGCAUCCUGCAGACUACAUCAGCGACUUCAAGCUCUUCCCUAAACAAUCGCUCAAACUGGAGCGCAAGAUCAUGGAGAUCCACCAGAAUGAGCUGAGAGGUCAGUGUCCCGCACUCGCAGAGUUAAACCUCCUCCAGAGGGCUCACACGCUGGACACUUAUGGAGUGGAUCCACACCCCUGCAAGGAUUUCACAGGAUCCACAGCCUUCUUAGGAUUCACCGCAAGAGGGUUUGUGGUUUUCCAGGGAAAUAAGAGGAUCCACCUUUUAAAAUGGGCAGAUGUCAGCAAAUUCAAGUUUGAAGGAAAAACCUUCUAUGUGAUUGGAGUGCAGAGAGAGAAGAAACUGGUGCUGACCUUCCACACCUCCACACCAGCAGCCUGUAAACACCUGUGGAAAUGUGGCGUGGAAAACCAGGCCUUUUACAAAUGUGCAAAGUCGAGUCAGAUCAAGACUGUGUCCAGCAGCAGUAUAUUUUUCAAGGGCAGCCGAUUCCGCUACAGUGGUCGUGUGGCUAAAGAAGUGAUUGAAGCCAGUUCAAAGAUUCAGAGGGAUCCUCCUGUUGUCCACAGGUGUCAGUUUGGUCAAAGCAGAAGCUUUACGUCACUCAGUCAUAAACAGCUCAUAAUGAAUAUGGAGCCGCUUUUACCAGCUUUAAGCUCCAGCAGGGAAAACAGAGACUCCUCAGCGGAACACGGACUUUCGGCUCUGAAAGACUGCGUUCACUUGUCCCCGCUGAAGCCAUCAGUCACUCCUGAGGAAGCAGAGAUGGAGGAGAUGAUGAACUUCAGCCAGGACAGACGAGAAGAUGAAGCUGCUCAGCGGACCAGAGCGGACGAGGACAGGAGAGAGAUCCACGUGGACAGCGAAGAUGAUACCAGCGGCGGUGCUCUCACCAUCUCUGACACCGCCUACAGCCCGUGUGCCAGCCUGGUGCCCACGCCGGUGGAGGAAGCUCAGGGCGGCCUGGAGCUACUGUUUCAGAGUCCUGCACGUCUGCUGAAGGAGCUGCAUGCCGACCCGGACAUGCAGAGGGAGCUUCAGGCGGAGCGGCAGAGGGAGGCGGACAGAGAGGCCUUUCGGCAGUCAAUCUGCCAUCCGUCAUCGGGACGCCAGCAGAUGCAGGCGUGCCUCCGCAGCGCUGCCCGUCUAGUGCUGAUGGCCACAGGUCUCCUCAUGAUCCUGCUGCCACUCCUCCUCGUCCUGCUGGAGUCGGAUCUGGACAUCUCCUUCCUGCACGACAUCCGGCAGACGCCCGAGUUCGAGCAGUUUCACUACGAGUACUACUGCCCGCUCCGCCGCUGGUUCCUCUGCAAGCUCCAGAUCAUGACGGAGCAGCUUUCAGGGAGUGAAUAGGGUUGGGAAUGAAACCAGAAGGACAGGUUUGCUCUCCUACAUGGGUUAUUCAUUCACAUCUUCUUUUUUUCUUUGCGGAUCAUGCUGAUAAUAAGUUGCUGUAGCAGAUAUUGAGACUGGCUGUUGUUUUAGCUGUAGCUUUUCUUUUCAUGCCGGACUGCAGCACCUUCAGCUCUGUAGAGUUCAGAAAAAGGUGUACAAAAAGCACAGCUCUGAAAUACAUCAUACAUUUCAACAUCGACUAUGGUUAUGUACGACUUUCUAUACUUUUCAUUCAUUUCAUC